AUGUCUGGAAUUGGCGGGCACAUCGAGUGCUUCGAAAGUCAUAUGGUUCCGGUUAAACUAGGAACUGCUUUCAGAGAAGAAAUUUGCAUGACCAUACAAACCAGUCAUAACAAACGGAUUUCCUUCAAUGAAAUUGGACGCAGAAGAUAUCGAUUUCUUGAAAACAAACACUAUCUGUUUAGCAAAUUCAAAGCUUCGUGUUACGGAAAUCCACCAAAUGGAAUCCGAACACCAUCUGGUUGUCACAUAGCAAAAACAGUUAUUGGACCCACAAUGUAUGGCCGAGGGAUCAGCAAAGCAAGUGAGACUGCUAACAAAUUGGACGGCCUUGGUAUCAUGCCGGAAGAAACCCAGGGAGACGAAAAAGUUCAAAGAUAUUUCAAAGAAUACUCGAAAUUGAUCUCAUUUGAAAACAACGUUAUCACAGCUCACUUUCCGCUGAAAGAGAAUCUUGACAAAAAGAACCAGAAAAUUGCCGCCUCAGGGAAGUCAGUAUAUAACUGUCAGUACUGUGAUACGGGAUUCAACAGUAUUAUUGGGCUGAGCCGACAUAGAACCACAAAGCAUGCUGACGAGUACUCACCACCAACUAUCCCGUGUCCCAUAUGCGGAGAGGGCGUCAGAAGUCACCGUGAGCUCGCAGAGCAUGCUCAUCAACAACAUGCUGAAAACUCAGACGAAUUUGUUGUGGAAACAGUCGCUUUCCAGAAUGCACAAGAUUAUCACGUUCGAGUAUAUGACAACUUGCGUAAACACUAG